ACGCAGACCUUGACUUCAUGAUUCAAGGUUAUGGCAGCCGUAGUUGCUACGCUGUGGACUGAAGGUACUGUCAAUGUCAAAUAAUAGGGAAAAUAUCUGAGCUUUUGAGGGCAAUUUAAACAGAGCAUUUGGCUAUUUUCUUCCCAAUCUCUGCAACGCCAAAAUGCCAGUUUUUCUCAUCCUAUUUCAGUGACUUAUAGAAACUACCAUGGAUAAUCGUUCAAUCAGCCUCACAAAUUUUGUAUCUCUGCUUUUCCAUUUUCUUAUAAGCAUCUGCCUCACCAAUGCCCUGUACUGUUAUGAGACAGGAAACUUCACAACCAAUAGCACCUAUGCAAAGAACCGGGCUCUGGUCCUCUCUUCUCUAGCUUCAAAUGUCACGGCAAAUGGUGGUUUCUACACCGCCACAGUGGGCCAAGGCACGGAUAAAGUUUAUGGUCUGGUGCUUUGCAGAGCAGACACUCCAUCAGAUGCUUGUUCCAAGUGUGUCAAUACUACAAUUACGGAAUUAAUUGAAAAGUGUCCUAACCAGAAAGAAGCAAUUUCAUGGGGUGGGGGUCCUCCUUGUAUUCUACGGUACGCAAACCGCUCAAUUUUCGGAUUACUGGAGCUACAACCUACUGAUGCUGGGUAUAAUGUCAAUAACAUCACAUCUAAUAUGGAAGAGUUUGAUCAGACAUGGAGCGGUUUGAUGUCUCGCAUCGUAACAAAAGCUUCCAUGGGCUCUUCUAAGGUGAAAUUUGCAACUGAAGAAGCAGACUUAACACCUUUUCAGAAAAUAUACGCAUUGAUGCAGUGCACUCCUGAUAUGUCCCAGAGUAAUUGCAGCUAUUGCCUACAAAAGGCAGUGGGAUAUUAUCAAUCUUGUUGCCAUGGGAAGCAAGGAGGUUAUGUUCACAAACCUAACUGUAUUUUCCGGUGGGAUUUGUAUCCAUUCUACAAUUCUAUUGCUGAUGCUCUGCCUCCAACACCUCCACCCAGUAUUUCUCCCCCCUCAACCAACAAUACAAUAAGCAAAGAGAACGGAACGGCAACUACUCGAACUGUUGUUAUCAUCACUGUUCCUGCAAUUGUCUUCGCAGCUCUUGUUGCCCUCACUUGCAGCCUUUUCUAUUAUAGGAAGUCCAAGCAAGAAACCAAAAGUGAAGAUUUGGACGAAAAUAGAAGCAAAGAAUGCUUGAAAUUCAAUUUUGAGACUAUCAGACUUGCAACAGAAGACUUCUCUGAUCAUAAUAAGCUUGGACAAGGUGGAUUUGGUGCUGUUUACAAGGGUGUGCUUUCAGACGGACAAGUAGUAGCAGUAAAGAGGCUAUCAAGGAACUCUAAGCAAGAAGAAGUUGAUUUUAAGAACGAGGUCAUGCUAGUGGCCAGGCUUCAACAUAGGAAUUUGGUUAGACUCUUGGGUUUCUGUUUUGAAGGACAUGAAAGGCUUCUCAUAUAUGAAUAUGUUCCAAAUUCAAGUCUCGACCAUUACAUAUUUGAUCUAGAGAAGCGUUUACUAACAAAUUGGGGCACACGCUACAAAAUUAUAGUGGGCAUAGCUCGAGGAAUUCUUUAUCUUCAUGAAGAUUCUCAACUUCGGAUUAUUCAUCGUGAUCUCAAAGUCAGUAAUAUUCUACUAGACGAAGAAAUGAAUCCCAAAAUUUCAGACUUUGGAACAGCAAGGUUGUUUCCAACAGAUCAAUCUGAGGAUGCUACAAGUAAAAUUGUGGGAACCUUCGGCUACAUGGCUCCAGAGUACGCAUUUCAAGGGAUCCUCUCAGUGAAGUUAGAUGUUUUUAGCUUUGGUGUAUUGAUUUUGGAAAUUAUUAGUGGCCAAAAGUGCAAUAAAUUCCGUAAUGGUGAAGAAGAAGAAGAGAGGGACCUUAUAACCUAUGCAUGGGAUAAUUGGAUUGAAGGAACUGCUUCAAAUAUCAUAGAUCCUAUUCUGAUAGGAGCUGCUUCGACACCUGACAUCCUGAGGUGUAUCCAAAUAGGAUUACUGUGCGUACAAGCAGAUGCAGGAAAAAGACCAACUAUGGCUUCGGUGGUUCUCAUGCUUGAUAGUUGCUCUGUUGCUUUACCAGCAUCGUCAAAACCUGGAUAUUUUGUGUAUAGCGAACAUAUGUCAAUUCUGUCUGGUAAUCAAUCCAAAAGCCGCUCUGCCCAACUCUCUGCUAAUCAGUGUUCAAUUUCAGAGUUAGAACCACGAUAAAAAUAUUGGAGCAUGGCAGUUACUUUAAUCAUUUUUUUUCUACUUGUUUUGGGACUAUGUUUGGUUGGAGUAAUAUAAUAUAAUAUUAUCAAUUAUGUAAUAAGAAGCAGUUUAUGGGAUGAAUUGGAUAAGUUAACUCCAAUUUGGUUACAA